AUGUUCAUGCGGAACAACGCCGGGUACGACAUCAAGAACACCCCCUCGUGUAAAGGCAUACUCCCUGAAUCAGCCUACGUCAACGCCCCCAUAUGGGGCUCUGACGCUGGUGUUUCAGAGCUGAAGCUUCUCAGCAAGGUCCAGCGCCAGGUGGAGAAUCACGAGCGCAUACCUCAAGAUCAACAAGAUUUUCUGCUGAAGGAGCGCUGGCUCAUCUGGAUGCCGCGGUUUGGCCUGGGGAACUCCCUGAGGGCGUACACCUCGGCGUUCAUCUUUGCUUUGCUGUCGGGACGGAGGCUGCUGAGGUGGCAUGGGGGGAACCACAAGCAGGUCUUAGACCGUUUGUGCAACGCAUUCUACUGUGGGAUAGACGAGUUGCGAUACAAAGGGGAUAUCGGCAGGCAUGCAAAGCUCAUGGAUGCAAAAAAGCUCGAGAUCCAUGGCUUUGACUACAGCCCAAAUGUUGUGGCUGUUUAUUCAGGUAAAUUCUUUGACAGAUUGUGGCGUGGCGACCCCCAGAUAAACCAGUGCGUGCACGACGCCUUCUCCUGCCGCUCCCUCUGGUUGUGGCGUGGCGACCCCCAGAUAAACCAGUGUGUGCACGACGCCUUCUCCUGCCGCUCCCUCUGGUUGUGGCGUGGCGACCCCCAGAUAAACCAGUGUGUGCACGACGCCUUCUCCUGCCGCACCAUCUGGUGCAUCCGCUCCAAAGUUGUGGCGUGGCGACCCCCAGAUAAACCAGUGUGUGCACGACGCCUUCUCCUGCCGCACCAUCUGGUGCAUCCGCUCCAAAGUGCUCUCUCCUUGCACUCCCUCCUCUUCCCCCUACCCCAUCCAUUCCCACCAGGAGCGUUCUUUGACAGGUUGUGGCGUGGCGACCCCCAGAUAAACCAGUGCGUGCACGACGCCUUCUCCUGCCGCACCAUCUGGUGCAUCCGCUCCAAAGUGCUCUCUCUCCUCCUCGGCAAUGGCCCCAAGCCGGGAAUGCAAGACGUGGUCGACAGAGACUUGAGGGUGGUGCCGCCUCUGGUGCUCCGAGGGGAAGAGGUGGGGAGGAAGGAGGGGGAGGUGACAGGAGGGAAGGUGGAGCCGCAGAUGGUUCCGAAAGGGGAGGGGCUGCGGCUGCAGUUUGACGUGGCACUUCACAUCCGUGGGCAUGCUAUCAACGUGGAGGGCGAUUACUGUGUCAAGAAGGACAAAAUAUGCCAGGAGAAAGCGCAGAAGGGAGAGCAAAUCCGAGAGCAUGCAUACAUGAAGCCACGGCAGUGGCGCUGCAUUGCCAGGCUGAUGCAGUUCCUACGGAUCAAGAAGGCCGCUGCUGGAGGUUUCACCAAUGCUACAGCCGCUGCUGAUGGGUCAGCCAAUUCUACAGGCCGUACUGUUGGGAUUUUCAACGGUAAAGCCUCUAAUGCUGCUGCCAACGCUGCCACCAAGUCAGGCAAAG